AUGGGGAAAACUCUAAUAUGUUUUUUCUUCUUAUUUUUAUUUUCUGUCCAGAAAAUAGACUCUAUUCUUAUAUUUAGGAGAUUUAAUAUUUCAAUUUGGAAUCGUCUUUCAGGUGACAAAAAACUUAUGAUCAAUUGUAGACAGGGUAAAGGUGAAGCGACCGACGUUGUUUUUCUUUCCUUCAAUGGUCAAUGGACGAUUUACUUUAGAGUUUACCCAAGAACUUUGAUAUGGUGCAACAUAUGGAAGGGGCCUGAUUAUGUGCAACAUGCACAUUUUAACGCAUUUAUCGGGAAGGAAAGCUUUAUACAUGAUGUAUGUGGAGGUAGAAAGCCUAAUGUAUGUUUGUGGCAAGCACAAGAAGAUGGAGUAUAUGUACGAAAUAAUGCAGUCGGAACCUUUAAACUUAUGCUUGAAUGGGAUACAAAUAGUUCGACAAAUAUAUUAUUCUAAUUAAAUAUAUUUC